AGCAAGACCUCAGCCAUGAGACUUCUCCUCCUGACUUUGCUGGGAGUCUGCUGCCUCACCACGUACACUGUGGAAGGUGUGGGGACUGAAGUCCUAGAGGAGAGUUUCUGUGUGAGCUUGACAACUCAGCCACUGCCAGUUCAAAGAAUCAAGACCUAUACCAUCAGGGAGGGCAUACUGAAAGCAGUAAUUUUUGUCACCAGACGAGGAGUGAAAAUCUGUGCUGAUCCACACGCCAAAUGGGUGAAAGCAGCGAUCAAAACUGUGGACAGAAGGACCCGUGCCAAAAAGAACAUGACUGAAACUAGCCCCACAAGAGCCCAGAGGUCCACCAGCACAGCCAUGACUCUGUCUGGGUAGCAGUCUCCAGGACAGCAUUUCCUCAACAGCCAAACAGCUCUUCUCAGCUCACAGGCUCAUGG